AUGGCUAAUACAAUCGUACUACCAUAUACUGUUAUUACAAAUCCUCAUAUACCUAAACGAUAUCAUUUACGUCGGUCUACAACAACGAAUACAAAACAAAAACUUCAUUCCACAUCUUCAUAUAUUGUACAUAAUUCCAUAUCAAAUUUACCUGAUAUUGUUAAUGAUUGUCAUAAUCGACAUAAUGAAAUAAUAACUUCAAAUAAUGAAAUGAAAUUAAUGUGUAAAGAAAUAGCACAUUCACUUCGUCUUGUUGCUGAUCAAGUUGAUAAAAAAUAUUGUCAAGAUAGCGAAUUUAAUCGAAAUCUUUAUUGUUUAUCAAUACGUCUUGUUUUUCAUACAACACAUAUUCGUACAAUGCUUUAUACAUUAUGGACACGAACAUUUUUACCAUUUAUUCUAUUAAUUUACAAGACAAAAAAAUUUUUUUAA